GGUUUGACACCUCUAUUGUAAAUGAUGCACACAAAAAGUACAUAAUAAGUUGAAAGUGAUAAUGUAGACGUUAAUAGAUCGACCACAAAUGUAUGCACGUUAUCAGCGCGUAUCAUCGAACUCUUGUGUUUGGAGUUUUCUUCGAAAUUGAAUAUCGGGCAGUUUCUGUCUUAAUACUUGAAUGUAGUGCGAAGAGUGUGUUUUAUUUAGUAUAUUACUAAUUGUGUAUAUAAUUAAAAGCGCGCUGGGGCCAGCGAAAAGUGACAAAAGUGGUAGAAAGGUGGGAGAAGCCGAAGGCCCCCAUUACUCAUUCUCUAUUUUUGCUGCGAAACGACAAGCAAAACGAAAUCCGAAUCAGCAACAAAAAACGCAACAAAUGAUUGUUACAAAUAAGCAGAGUUGAAGCUUAAGCAAUCCAGUGCAGACCCAGAGAGCCAACCUUGAAGAGCAGAGAGCCGAAGAUGGAGCAUCCACUGGUAGUGCAGGCCGAGUACUCCUUCAUGGGCAGCAACAACGACGAGCUGUGCUUCAAGAAGGGCGAUGUCAUCACAGUCACCCAGCGCGAGGACGGCGGCUGGUGGGAGGGCACACUGAACGACAAGACUGGCUGGUUUCCCAGCAACUACGUGAACGAGUGCAAGGCCCAGCUGCCACUGGCCGAGACCAUACGUCCUCCGGAGGAGAUACAGGAGUAUCGCUCGGUGGUGCUCAAGGACCUGCUCGACUCGGAGCGUGCCCAUGUGGCGGAACUGCAGGGUCUGCUCGAGAACUUCCUGGAGCCCAUGCAACAGACGCAGAUUCUCAACCAAGACGAGUACGCCCAGCUGAUGUGCAACUUUGUGGAGAUUGUGAGGACACAUGAGGAGCUGCUCAUACAGAUCGAGGAGUGCAACGACCGCGUGGGCAAGCUGUUCCUCACCAGCGCCCCCCUCAUGAAGAAGGUCCACCAGGCCUACUGUGCAGCCCAUCCCAAAGCCAUAGUCAUAUUGGACAAGUACAAGGACGACCUGGAGAAGUACAUGGAACGUCAGGGGGCGGCCACUCCAGGCCUACUGGUGCUCACCACGGGCCUCUCGAAGCCCUUCCGGCGGCUGGACAAGUACUCGGCCAUGCUGCAGGAGCUGGAGCGGCACAUGGAGAGCAGCCACCCCGACCGGGGCGACACGCAGCGUAGUGUGGCCGUGUACAAGGACAUUGCGGCCACCUGCUCGGCCACGCGUCGCCAGAAGGAGCUGGAGCUGCAGGUUCUGACAGGGCCAGUGCGCGGCUGGCAGGGCCAGGAGCUGAGUACCCUGGGCGACAUCAUACACAUGGGCAGCGUGGCUGUGGGCGCCGACCAUCGGGACCGCUACUUUGUGCUCUUCCCCCAGACGCUGCUCAUCCUGAGUGUCAGUCAGCGCAUGAGCGCCUUUAUCUACGAGGGCAAACUGCCGCUCACUGGCAUCAUCGUGCACCGCCUGGAGGACACGGACGCCAUCAAGAACGCCUUCGAGAUCAGCAGCCCCCUGAUCGAUCGCAUUGUGGCGGUCUGCCAGGGACCCAGCGAGGCCAACAAGUGGGUGGAGCUGCUGAACGCCAACAACCCCAGCCUGCCGAUGGGCAUCAAGCGGCAGCUGAGCAACCUGAGCAACUCCUCGAUGGGACAGCUGAAUGCGGCGCACAUGUCGCCGCCAUCGAGCCACAGCCUGCUGCUGCCUCCACAGCCAAGCGGCCGGCAGCAGGCGCAGCCAGUUCCGCUAGGCAUCGGGAGCGCGAACAGCAGCGCGGGCAACAGUCUGCAGGGAUCCCCAGCCGCCAACUCGAUGUCACAACACAAACGGAGCCAGUCCUUCAACCACCAUCUGAGCUACAACCAGUACACGCACACUCAGCCUCCACCACAUCUUCUGCAUCCGCCACAACCACCAAGUCUACCAAGUCAUCUGGGGGCGGCCGGCCACAGAUCAAGUUCAGCCCAGACACCAAGCAGCAAGACAGCCCCAGCACCAGCGCCACCCAUGGACGGCAGCCCGGCGGCACUGCAGGCAGCAGCAGCAGCGGGAGCAACGGGGGGGCCAAGCGCAAGGAAAGGAAGCACAAAGGCUAACUGGACCAUCAGCUGUUUGCGUCCUACGCCGCCGCUGCGCCCCAGUUUGUUGAAUGCCGCUAGCGGAGGAGGCGGUGGCAGUGGCGGCGGUGGCGGUGGCGGCAGCAGCAGUUCCUCCAACGCCCUUGCCAGCUACUGCAGCGGUCGAAAGAACCAGCCCACCUACGAGGAGGAUGCCCUGGUGCUGCGCGUCUUUGAGGCCUACUGUGCCGCCUACCAGAACAGCGCCAGGAACACCAUACACUCGGUCUUGCAACCCUGGACUCCGUGCCUGCCCAUUCGCGGCGGCAAGCUGAAAACGAGCAAGACCUUCUCGACCUCCAAUCCUCAGCUGCCUUUCAUAGCCAAUGCCACCUACCUCAACCAGGCACAGCAGCAGCAGCACCACCACCACCAGCAGCAGCAACACCAUCAACAGCAACAGCAACAGAACCGACAGCACUCGGCGGGAAGCCUGAACUCCUCGUUCAUUUGGAGAGAGGCCAGCCCAAACAACUUCAACCUGUACUCCAGUUCGGUGUCCUCCUCGUUGAAUGCGGCCCCUGGGCAGCGCUACUCUAUCACAGGGGCGGGCGGAGGUUCGCCCUCGAUCAAGGACUACCAGCGAGCGCUGUCCGAGGAGCGGGCCACCAGGAAGUCCCUGAACCGCCUCAAGAGCGGCUUCGGUUCUGGCUACGACAACGUAUGCACUUCGCCCUUGUUGCCUAGGAAAAACAAGCCCGCCCCUAAGCUAGUAGCCCAGCAAACGUAUCAGAGAUCGGGCGCCACCACCAUUGUGAAGCCGAAUCCCGAUGGAACCGCUGCCCAUCCCGGACUCUACGACCGCCGGCUGAACAGAUCCUUCGAGACCUCCACAUCCCACCGCUAUGCCGGCUAUGGAGCUGGCUACCUGUUGAAUUGCGGCGGUGCCCUUCGCACCAGCACCCUCCAGCGGAGCACGCCCCAGCUGGCCGGAGCCGAGCGGUCGGACGACAGCGAUGUGGAGCGCGGGGACCACGGAUGUGCCUCCCUGCUGCGCAAUGGAGCGGGUCCGGCGUCCCUGGAGCUGAACUCUGACGGUACCAAGCGGCAGUCGGGCAGCUGGUGUUGCGGUAAUUUUGUGAUGAAGCAGUGGCGCAAGAUCAACCAUCUCUGAGUCUGUCUGGGUGUGGUCGGGGCAUGCAUCAGCCUCAUCAAUCAUCUGCAUCAGCAUUCGCAUCCCGCAUUGCCGCCGCCUGCUCCAGCUGCUGCUCCAGCUUUGCUUUGAAUGCGCUCUGUGUGCGAUUAUUGAAGAAUACUUAAUUAUUUUUAGUUGAUUUCUGGCUGCUCAACGCUUUCAAUGCCAAAAGCCUUAACCUUAGAUCGUAAUUUAUUGAGCAUCCGGACAACUAGUUUGUACAAAAUCAGACAAAUAAUUCGUGAGAGACAAGAGGAGGCUCCUCAUCACUUGACCAAAUGUUUGUACAAAUUAUUUGCCAGUCCUAGCCUAGCCAUAAGCGCCGCCUUGUUGUGUCUAUAUUUUUACUUACGAGUAGAGUUGUUUGUCUGUGUGUUUGCCAUAGCUGAUAUUGACCUGUACUAUGUAUCCUAUGUAUGUAGUAUGUAGUUGGGUGCAACGCGUAACCGUUUGCCUCCGUGACAAGACUAAGCGAGAGAGAGACUAGCUCUUUGAUGCUAUCCAUUUGUGUUGAUGCUGUAAGCGAAGAAGGUACUUGCCCGCAUAGCAGGCACUUGAAGUGCAACAGCAACUGCAGCAGGUUCCUGGAUUCUGGCUUCUGGCUUCUGGCCUCUGGCUCCCCCAACUAUAAACGAUACGGUUUAGUUCCGCCGCAAAGGGGAGGCUGCACAGAAAGGCUUUAAAUAUCCGUCCUCGGCUUUACACCCUAUAUUUUGUACGGCCAUGCGAAAAGGGCACACGCUCUGCUAUAGAUCCAUAAGUACUAUAUUUGAGUAGAAUAUCCUUUGCCAUAGCGUGACUACUUUAUACAACUAUAAUCCAUAAACGACUCGUAUACUCGUAAUCGUAUUUGUGUUUGUGCCCAGCUAUACACAUGUAUUACUAUUAGUACUCGUUGCCUGCCUAGCAUACUCGUAGAGUAUGGAAACGCAGCAAGAGAUCGAAAUCGAAUCACAGAACGUGCAAUGUGUAAUCAAAGGCGCAGAGAUGUGAGCCCUGUGCCGAGUCAAGUCUCUUAGCCAUAGCUAAGACCAGCAACUAAAUCAAAGUAACCUACUGUUGUGCAUUAUUAAACGAGGGAAACCCCAGCGUAUUUGUAAGUGUUUUGUGAAAACGUUGUCUAACCAAAUGAACUACCUUAUUGUAUAAUCUACUAUUAAUCAGUUUAUACGUUUGUAUUGUAUUUGAAUUGAAUUGCUGUUAGUCGAGAGGCGAGAGAUGGUUCAAACAAACGAAGCGAACUAUGAAUAAAUUCCUUUACAAGACGCAUCUCCCUUUGUUUGUCUGUGUGGCUGUGUGCUAUUCAUUAAUAUUUACACUUAGUAUAUAGAAAAACAGAAUAUGCUAUAAUGUGAUGUAUUAUAGUUAGAAUGGAUCUAGAUCCGAUUGUUGCAACGCAGGGGUCAAGCUUUGAGCUGUGGAUCCAGAAUAUCGGACUACAUACCACUAUUUACGAUUAUUCAUAAGCACUUUCUUAAUUUUUGUGAUGUGAUAGCCUACAGUUAUGAUUUAUGCAUAUACAUUACAGACAUCUGUUGUACACACUUGAACGUAUCACUCUUCUCCCCUCCUUCCAUGUCACAUUACUCGAUCCUCAACCAAUCACACAACACUAACAUAUUUUGUUC